AAGAGUAUAUAAUGGAGCUCGCUUCGGGGGGAUAGAAGCAGAACCGACGAGCUCGUCUGAAGGACCAACUAAAGAACUCAGACUUGGACAUCAAGACACCAUGAAGACUCUGAGCCUGCUCGCCAUCUGCGCUCUCCUCUCAGUCUGCUGGGCCACAGGAGUCGUCGAGUCUUACGUGGACCACGAUGGCGACUCUGACCACUCAGACAACGGCGACCUCGCCGAUGCCGGCGACCUCGCCGAUGCCGCAGACCUCACCGAUGACGGCGACCUCGCCGAUGCCGCCGACCUCGCCGAUGACGGCGACCACGCCGACUCUUCAGCAUCCGACUCUUCCGACUCAUCGUCAGACUCGUCCGAUUCGGACUCUGACUCAAACUCUGACUCAGAUUCCGACUCUGACUCUGAUUCCGACUCUGCCUCGGAUUCUUCCUCCUCUUCAUCCGAGUCAGCCAGCACUGAAGCCUCUCAAGAUCACUCUCAAGACGACUCUCACGUGCUCACGAAGCGAGACGUGGCUUCCGUUCUGCUGAGGACGAGACGCCAAGCCCCCCUCUCCUUUUACCACAUGGAGCGUCUGAGAGAGGUGUGCGAGCUGAACACGGGCUGCGACGAGAUGGCGGAGACGCAAGGCAUCGUGGCGGCCUACACGGCCUACUACGGACCCCCUCCCUUCUAAGCGUCGCCUGCGUUUGUCUCUCUUUCGUCGUGCGCGUCGUCUCCCCCCCCCAACAAGAGGCAGACGAAGAGAGAUUCCGGUUUGGACCACGUUGUGAUUAUGCAGACGCAGGUCACAAACGUUUUGCACAAGCGACGUCCAGAGAGGUGCACAUAAAGUAUGCAGUGGCCCGUAUAUGUUGAAAUGUUUCCGCAGCCCUCCUUCGAAAAACCCCGCGAAUGGUGCUAAAAUGUCUUUGAAUGAUUGUAUUGAUGUAUUUAUGGCACGCUUCAGCAGCGGCUCUCGUAAUGAGCUCUUAGAUGUACCGUCUGCAGUGUUAGUGGCUGUGCACAGAGUUUGUGAAAUGCACAUGAGUCAUCUGCCAUGGCCGUAACGACACAUUGCCUCUGGAUUUCAUAGAAAUAAAUUAUUUUAUUUGUCCAA